AUGAAGACCUCUUUCAUCACCGCGGCUUGCUCUACCUUCGCUGCUCUGUCCAGCGCCGCUCCCACUGAUAGCUCAACCUUCGAAGUCGCCAUCACCUUCUGGGGCGCCGACGGUUCCUCGUUCUUCCAAAGCUUCCCAGCUGACGAUACCACUCAUGCAAUCACCAACCCACUGUCAAUCACCAAGAUUUCCUCUGUCGGAGGCGGAUUCUGCACCUUCCAAGGAGUUGACGGCAGCAGCACUGUGGUAGCUGGUGAGGUGACUGUGCCUGUCAGCCCACCACAGACCCAGGUAUCUGGAACCUGCGAUAUUCUGUGA